AUGUCUCAUGUCGCCCACGGCUCAAAUUCGACAAAAAUAACCCAUUCAAUUCACGAUGAUACCUCUCGAGGUGUGUUUCCGCACCUUGCUUUGCCAAAGGUCUCUUUCCGCGAGACGCUAACUUAUGUUGCAGCUCGUCCAGGCCUAGGAAGAGAAAGCACUGCAGAUAUUCUAGAGUACUAUAACUCUGCAGAAGCAUCUGAAGGAUAUUCUGCAGCAGACUUGGCCCACGCUCGUGCCAAUGCCCGCAGUCGACCGUCGACGGCUAAUAAAGAGGGCGAUGUUGCGGACCACAGCUCGCAGAUGGCACCAAGAGAUCAUUCAAGGCAACCAAAACUGGCGUCGGGCUCUAUUCGGCUUGUCCCCGCCACCUCUUCACGCUCAGAGGGUGCGGAAUCCUUUCGACGACCGGCACUGCAUCACACGGACAGCAUUCACGUCGUAGAGGAUAAUCGAAGAGUCGCAAUUAUUGAGCGCGAUGCCAGUCCCUUGACUACCCCGCCCAGUACUGGCAGUAGUCCGGGUUCCCCACUUGGCGGGGUACACGGAAAUGCAUCACCGUCUAUCCUUUCACGACGUGGUGUUGAUCAGUCUAGGCUCGCUCUGGUGGCGCCACCAGAUGCAUCGACACCUUACACUGCUCAGGCGUCACCACCCUCUGCGGCCUCUUUCGCAAUGAACAAGGCUUCCAGACUAAAGCACGCAACCCCUGGACAAACGUCACCUCUUUCCUCGGAACACAGCCCUCACCCGUCGACGUCUGGGACUGGCCACUCGCGCACCUCUUCCGAGGUCACUACAAUGGCUUCAUCUGCAGUCAGAUCUUCCCUCGAAUCUCCGAGUAAUCAAGGCGCACUCCCCAAAUCUCCCAAGUCGCCACGAGACGUUGGGAUCAUAGGAACCGUCCGGACGAUGAACCGACGUUCCGAGGAAAAUCACCCAACGCCACAAAGCGGCCGACAUGCAGCAAGAGAGCGUGCUUCUAGCGGCAGUGACUAUGGUGACGAGCCUCCAGUUCCUCCAAAAGGAGACGGCUUGGCCUCGCAGCCUGGAUUCUCACCCGUCUUUCAGAGGCCGCCACAACAUCAUGAAAAGACUGGGAGACCAUCGACUGCGACCAAGUCAAAAGACUCUCACGAAGGCCUUCAUUUGCCGUUACCGAACCGGUCUCGCCAUUUUGGCUCUUCUCCCAAUAUUCUGACACCGGGCAUCGGAGAUAGUAAACCAAUCGACAGUAAGGUGGCACCCCCUGUCGUCGUGGACAUUCGAGGAGAGCUCGCCGACCUUUGGUUAGCCGCUACGCCGGACAGCGGUCUUGAUUUCACCCACGGCGCUGUCGUAGGAAGUCCGAUGACCGCUACGACCGCGACCGAUUCAUCUUCGCAGCCCAACUCCUUUAGUCCUUCCAGCAGCCGACAAUCGUCGGGUCCUUCUCCCACACAACCCACGACUCAUUAUUCGUCCAUGAGAGAUCCGAGCCCGAAUCCCGGACCAAUGCCUCCAAGGCGAAUCGAUAUCAACGCUUUGUCUCCCUCACCGUCUCCUGUCCCUCCACCUCGGCCGCACCGUCAACCUUCCCCUACGAAACCGCACCCUGGCCCACCCUCACGCGACGUUUCAGCUCAAAAUAUGCAUCCUACCCAAGAACUUGGCACGCCAAAUCGAGGUCGCGCGAUGGCUGACCUUGGCCAUUCGCGUCCUCCUGAGAAGUACUCACUGGUCACAGUGUCAGAUGAUGAGAGUGCUAGUGAAUAUUCCAAUGAUAUACAUACUAAAGGAAGAACCAGUUCCCACUCCGGACAGCCCUCUUCUCUUUCAAAAGCAGGCUCAGUACACAUCCGGGAAGGUGCCUUUCCUUCGAAUUCCGUCUUCCUUCACCGCCUGCGUACCGAGGUCUCAGCAGAGCCCCCAGAAGCGGAAUUGAAAACCCCGACUGGGAGGGAACAUGUUGCGAAUAUAUUUACCUCUGUGGAUAACAGUCUCGAUCGACCCACUCUCAACCCCCCUGAAGCCUCCGCCGUCAGUGCGGCCAUGAGCUCGGUUUCAACAGCUCACACACAGUCACAACAAUCAAUCUCAAAGUCAUCACAUGGAAGAUCGUCAAAUGACCUCCCGCGGCGCGGACAUACCAGUGACAGUGAAUCAAGUGAUGAAGAUGAGCGUAUAUCGCUUGUACGCUCCAAGUCUCUUCGUCUUCACUCAUCGUCAACAAAAGAAGGAUCCACCCGGAGCAAACAUCUUCGCGCUGUACAUGGCGACGACUCAUCUUCACCCGAGCGACAUCGCGAAGAUUCAACACGAAUAUACAGUCAAACGCACCUUGGUCAUGGGCCGCCUCCGGGAGACCGUGGCCGUCUGGCUCUUGCUCCAAGCUCAUUCAAGGCCAAAGGCCCGUUGGCCACAACGGGGUCUAUUAGAUCACAGCAGUCGAGGCGCCCGCGCAGUAAACCGCCGUCAAUGUGGCCAUCUGCCAUGAGCUUUGCAGAUGUGCUGGCGGAACAAACACCCAUUGCGCGAGCCCGUGGAUACGCCAUGAAGAUCAACGAACUUGCUACUGAAGACUGCGGCCUCAGGGAUUGGAUUGACGCAACCAUCAAUAGGACUCGUCCAAUGAUCAUGUCCUCAGAUGGGCCCGUCCACGUCGGCCCAAGCCAUACACGAUUUGUGUCCGGCAGCUCUGCAGUGUCUGAAAUGACAUUUCCGAUGCGACCAGAUGCAUACAAAGCUAUUGAUCUUACGCCAGUCAUGAUGGACAUAUCCUCAAACGAGGUACCUAGUACGAUCCCGUACCCGACAUUGGCCCUGCGACAACAAAUGACUGGGAGCCAAGUUCAGACACCCACGACACCGUCGUCCAAGACCUCAUUGUCAUCCGCCGUCAAAAGUGGGCCAGUCGGCUUCCUAGCGUCGCUCAGUCGAAAGACUAGCGUUCGCGCUAGAGGAUCGCAGUCAGCUACAGAGAGCCGCGAAAAGGAACGAUCGACUCCUCGAAAACUCAUCUCUGCUCGUUCUGCUGCCGCGCGUUCCACAGGCAGUAACACCCCUCCAUCCGUUUCAACCCCUAGCACCACCGUCUCUGCACUUCCCGCGCUACCUAGUAUGACGCCCACUCUCCCAGGAGGUCCGAGACCGCCUCGACCAAAGCGCGCGUCGACAAUGAUGAUUAGCGCUCCAAAACCUAUCAUAUCCGCGCCGAUACCCAUUCCACCCCUCUCUGCCAAUCCUAUGAACGCCGAAUUCCCCAACACCGAAUUCCCAAACAAUUCGGAUGAGAUCACUUAUGACUCUACUUUUCCGAUUCAACCACUGACUAUUCCACGAGACGCUCCGCGGCCUCCAGAAGGUCCACGCGCGCUGAAUAGGUUAUCGCGGACGCCGUCCUUCCAUGGCUCAACACGAAUAUCUUCGAGUGGCAACGUACGGUCCACUGCUUCUCUCAAGCCGGCACCUUCUGCAACAUCCACUGGACUCAGUUCUGCACCAUCAAGACCGCCUGAGACAGCGCACUCCUCCUCUCGUGGCUCCAAUGAGUUUACAAGGGCGAUAGACGAACUGUCUGUCAUUCUCCCCAAUGUACCACGCGACGUUCUCGGUGGAUAUCUUCGACGAGCCAAUGGACACAGCAUAACCGCCAUUAAUUAUUAUUUGGCAGAUGAUCGUCAAGGGACGGUGAUGAAGCCAGAGCCAAACUUUAUCUAA